GCCUGUACGACUUAUUUGUCACUCCUUUUCGCAUAUCUAGUCCAAAAUGAUUUGAAUCCAGCAACUCAGGUGAAAAUUCAUUAUCAUGAAAUUUAAGCAAGCGAACAACGGCAGAUCGCCAAGGAACGAUCCGACAGCACGGAAAUAGGCAUUAUUCUACCCACAACGCACAAUACUCGGGAAUUGGGCUGUUCACAAACUGCAACACGAGGUUCAGCUCUUUGACUCUGUCCUGCCUUCAUACAGAAGACUUUGUGACCUACAGAAGCUACUCACGGAUUUUCCAUUGUACUGCUAAAACUGUUGCAUACCGUUUGCAACAACUUCGAUAGAGAAGGUUUAGGAUUACAUAUACAUAUGAUGUGAUAUUUACUGAUAGUAGAAGUGCUCUCCCCUUGAUCUGUGAGCCGGAACCCUCCGCCACUCUCUAGCUGCUUCGUGCAUUUCUUUGGAAUUCCAGCUUUCAAAAUUGGAACUAAUUAUUCUAGAUUAGCAGAGUUGUUAGCAUCAUGCCGAUCACUGUAUCCUGGCAACCUAACGUCCAAGCGACUUGCUUGAAUGUAGUAGGGCAAUGUCGGGAGGAUAUUAGAAUCUCCGGCAAUCGAUACCGCAUUCCAAGAUCAAGAGUUUGGCGCGGUACCCGAUGUUGCAUCAAUAGCUCAGUACCUGAAACCUCCAAACUGCAAAAUUCGAAAAGCUUCAAGGAAGAGAGUAGAUUCGUAGUGCCCGAUCGGAGUCAAAAUGAUACGCCGUUGGUUCCAAAUCUCAGAGACGACAAUCUACACACCCGCAGUGCUCCCGAGCACAAUGGAUUCAUCACUGUUAAUGAAGGGCCACUGCGAUGGUUCUACCCUCAAGCUACUCAAACUAGCACAUCGACAAGAGAUGUUCCCCCCAUGCUUUAUCUUCCCGGCAUAUUGGACGGCAGUGGCUGGGGAUUAAAUCAGCAACACGAGUCGCUAACAAGGUUGUUUAAGUUGCGGUGCCUUGAAGUCCCAAUCGAAAAUCGAAUCUCCUUUAGGAGCUUGUUGGAAGCUGUGGAGAGCGCAGUGAUCGAAGAAGCAAAAUGGCGCCCACGGGGCCCUUUAUACAUGGUGGGCGAAGGAUUUGGGGGUGCAGUUGCACUCGCGGUUGCAGCACGAAAUCCUGACCUAGACCUAGUUUUGAUUCUCGUAAACCCAGCGACGUCGUUUCCAGAGUCACCGCUGCAGAGCCUGCUUCCUUUGUUUUACAACUCACCUUGGGAUCACGAUUUCGUCGCCCCUUUGCUCCUUAACUUCAUUGUAGGAAUUAAGCCAUUAUCUUCUAUGCCCUCCCACCAGUCUAAGCAGCCUGGUUUUCCUACAUCGUCGGAAGUACUUUCCAAGGAAACGCUGCUUUGGAAAUUGACGAUGUUGCAAAAAGCGGCUAACUAUGCAAAUUCCCGGCUUCAUGCGGUGAAUGCUCAAGUGCUAGUCUUAGCCAGUGGCAACGACCAUUUACUGCGAACCUUCAGCGAGGCUAACAGGCUUAAGGAGCUUAUAAAAGGAUGCCGUACUCGAAAGUUUUCGGGUAAUGGUUACAACCUUCUGCAGGAAAAAGGGUUUGAUCUAUCAACGUGGAUCAAAGCCACGGGGUGCUACCGGCACUCGCAUAAAUGGGAUCCAGUGCUCGACUAUUCUAUGGUCACAAAGCAAGAAUUAGAAACUUACUUUGAUAAGGAUGUGAAAUUGAUGCGUCAACUGACGAGCCCUGUGUUCUUCUCUACCUCUGCCGACGGUGAGAUUGUGCAAGGCUUGUCGAAUAUUCCUACAGACAGGCCAAUUAUGCUGGUAGGGUACCAUAUGCUUCUUGGUAUGGAGGUUGGCUGUAUGGUAAGCGAGUUAUUACGAGAGAAGAACAUUCUUGUCCGAGGCCUUGGACAUCCCAGUCUUCUAAGUGGACAAUAUGAGGAUGACCAGCAGCCCGAUCCCUCUCAUGGCGACCUUUUUCGCUUGUUUGGAGCGGUGCCGUCAUAUGGAAGAAAUAUGUAUAAGCUCCUGAAGCAUGGCUAUUCUACCCUUCUUUAUCCCGGAGGAACCCGGGAAGCUCUUCACCGCAAGGGGGAAGAUUACAAGUUAUUUUGGCCCGAGAAUCCAGAGUUUGUGCAAAUGGCAGCACGACAUGGGGUCACUAUAAUACCCUUCGGUGCGGUCGGAGCAGAUGACAUGCUCAAUCUUGCACUCGACUUAAACGACCUGCGGAAAUAUCCGGCGUUGCUGGAGAUCCUUUCACCGAGGGGCUUACCUGAGCUAAGACAAAACUUGUCAGGAGAAAUAGCAGACCAACAAUUCCAUCUCCCCGUUGUGCUCCCGAAAGGCAUUGGUCGCUUCUACUUCUUGUUCCAGAAACCCAUAGUAACUGCAGGACGGGAAGAGGAGCUCCGGGAUAGGAAGAAGGUGGGUGAACUCUACAGACACGUGAAAGGCGAGGUUGAGACUGCAUUACAGUAUCUACAGGAAAAAAGGAAAAGAGACCCUUUUCGACACUUAAUGACCCGAGUGUUGUAUGAAUCACCACUUGGGCAGAACAAGCAAGCGCCCACAUUCAUUCCAUGAGCUCAAAGCUUGCCUUGGCCGGUCAUGGUGAGGCUUAUGCUGCUCAUCUGCACUGCUCUAAUCAAAUUUAGCUAUAAUCUUCAUGUCCAUGGUGAGAAUUGCAACUUCCUCAGCUUCAACGUGGUCAUCGUUCAUAAGGAUCUUGAAGCUUCAGGUGGCAGCCAUGGCUGAACCUUCAAGAUAUAUCGAUGAAUGUUCAUGUCCUUGAAAACCAAGACGUUGGACGAGAGAUGACCCAACCUUCACUGUUUGAUCACCACAUUUUAACUACUUUGUAUGAAUAAUAAUGAUACUCCUUGUUAGUUUUCACAAUUUCAAUUACAAGUUUACACCAAAGUUCUUUACGUGUAUAAUUCAUGAAGAUAUGUGAUAAGACGAUUUUCAAAAAGUAAUUCGAUGAAAGCUCAAAAUAUUACAGCUCACAUGAACAUCAUGCAGUCAAAUUUAGUUUUACAUAAACAUUUCAGAACUGUAGUUUUUGUAAGUUUUAAAAAUAAUUAAAAAUGAAAUGGAUGUGUUCCAAGUA